CCACAGCACAGCGGUACCAUAGCUCGUAUGCCUUGCCGGAUGGACACCACACACUUUCCCGCAGCAGGCGCACCAACGAUUCUGGCAACGCGAGUACUAGGCCUGCGUUGGAAGGGAGUUCAGUAUACUCGCAUUCCACUGGGGCAAGCUUCAACAUGGCGGCGGACCGAUCCUCGUCGUCGCCCGAAUUUCGCCUGAGCUGCGUCAGUCUCCCAGUACUGUCCUCUCCAGACAGCUUAACUCACUCCGAUGCUACCGCCCAGGCAGCACAAAGUUGCUCCCCUCCAUGUGCACCGCUGGAUGUAAGCCAUCGCAUGUCUCAACGAAAAUCGCCGGAGGCCUCGGGUCUCACGUCUCAGCAAUCAUCGCCCAGCGCGGGAGACCGACAGAGCCGAGGUCAUGCAAAGGGCCCUGCAAGACACGGAGAUCAGCGACCAGAUAGAUCACCAACGUCCAGAAGGCAUUCCCCAAAACCUUUCACAACCCCAAGGGCGCCUUAUACGACUGAUCACUGCAGGAGCCCGUCGCAACCUGCCAACGGAUCUACGCUGGCUGCCAGUCCUGUGCGACCCCGUUCUGAGAUCCCUCCUACGAGACCCCCUUCUUCACAUCAAGGAGCAGACAGAGGUCAUACAAUCGGGAGAUUUUCUCCAAAAGCUCGGGCACAGUCUACCAGUUAUCGAUGCAGCAUCAUGUCGCGGCCUACCAACGGAUCUACGUUGGCUCUCAGUCCUGAACGACCCCGUUCUGAGAUUCCCCCCACCCGUUCUCCUUCUGCGCACUCCGGAGUCACCAAGCGCUCCGGGUACUAUGAACGACCAGAUAGUCUACACAGGUUCAAAGGCCAUUCUCCAAGUGCUCUUGCACAAUUGCAGACGCGUGAUACGACUGAUUUUCGCCGUAGCCCGCCGCAGCCAGCCAGCGGAUCUUCGUUGCCUGCUAGUUCGAUACGACCCCGUUCUGAGAUCCAUACCACUUGGUCGACUUCUACGUCGCCACGAUUCGCGAAGCGCUCCCAGUCCCGUCAACAAGACGAUGGAUUGCAAGAGAACACUCCAGGCACGUCCACCCAGUCGGAGUCUGUUGGCGACAGUAUUUGCUGGAGUUGGUCGCAGCCUGCCUCCAGAUCUACACCACUGCAAUCUCCGUCUGGCCGGUGGGAGCGGAGACCAUCUGUCUACCCAAGAAAAGUUCCCGAGUAUCUCCGUGGAUUGCCGUCGAGGGAAGCUUACGGCCAGCUAUCAGGAACCCAAGGGUUUGAGGAUAGCGAAGACGACUUUGUGUCUGUCGAUUUAAAUGAUUGACCUGGCUGUCGCUAGUCGAUUUAUAGCCUCAGAAUGGCUCUCCUACCUUCUUGAGGUACCAAAGGGGCCACGCAGCGCAUUAUGGUGACGGCGUCUCUGUAAAUACCGUCAUGUGCGUCUAAGGGGGUAUGGACGAAGUGUGAUGAAUUAUUAC